GAGGUGUUGACUUGGAUGGAGCCUCAGCCAAUGGCAAGUUAUAUGUGUUGCUUGUGUUGGUGUGAGCAGUUGUGUUGCUGUUCCUCCACUCUCCUUCAGUGUUACCUUCAGUGUCAGAAGACGAGGAAUUGUCAAGAGGUGACUGCCAUAACGACCCGUGUAGUUGUACCUAGGAAGAUGACUACGAAGCUGGCUAGUGGUCACAAGGUGGAGGCCAUGAGCGAGGAGUGGCUGGCCAGGAUGGAGGAGGAACAGACGCUAUACAACCAUGGUAUGGUCCGCCUCAGGCCCGGAGGCUGGCUCUACCCGACGCUCUUCACCAAAUAUGCCGACACCAUCUACAACUUCAAGUUCACUGAAGGUGACGUACUUGUGAUGGGAAUGCCCAGGUCUGGGACGACCUGGAUGUUGGAGUUGGUGUGGACGAUGCUUCACAACCCCGACCUCAACAACCAGAGGGCCGACCUGCCCAUCUUCAUCAGAGCACCGCAUAUAGACUUUGACAUGAUGCUUGACAGCAAGACCAUCAGAAGCACUGUUGAGAAUCCUCGGCAGAUGACAGAAAUGUUUCGUCAAAUGUGUCCAGGGAAGAAGGUAGAAGACGGAGUGUUUCUGCAGAUUAGCGAGGCUUUACCUGCUCCUAGAGUGAUGAAGACCCACCUGCCCUGCACCCUCCUGCCGCUUACCCUUCUUCACACCACAAAG